GAUCGAGAGUAGUAGUACUACUACAGUAUCAUGGAUCUCACCCCUCCAGCAGGCUUGGAUCUGUCCGAGUCCAAGCGUCCUGAGCUGUAUGGAGCAUACUCAGCCACCUAUGCCCUCGCCCUAGUGGCAUUUGGCCUUCGUAUGUUAUCUCGCACGCUGAUCUCCAAAGUGGGGCUCUGGUGGGAUGAUUAUCUGAUGUGUAUCGCAAUGCUCACCGCAACGGCGAACUUUGCGAUCAUGAUCGACUGGGUCAAUCAUGGUGUGGGCCAGCACAUCUACCUAUACGGAAUGCCGGGGCUGCAUCACUUCCUCCUGAACCUCUUCGUCGUCGAGAUCCUAUACACGCUGUCGAUCUGCUUCACCAAGUACUCCAUCCUGAUGUUCUACUGGCGUAUCUUCGGCAUGAGCAACAUCCGCUACCCGAUCUACCUCAUUGGCUUUGUCGUGACCGGUUGGGGACUGGGGGUGAUCUUCACGACCAUCUUCCAGUGCCUCCCCGUCCAUGGCUUCUGGGACAAGACCAUUCCCUCGCACUGCGGCGUCAAUGUCAACAACUUCUUCAUCGGCAACGCAGUGCCCAACAUUCUGACCGACUGGGCGCUGUUGACGCUCCCGUUGCCUUAUAUCUGGAAGCUGCAGCGAAGUGCUUCGCAGAAACUGGCCCUUACCGGCGUGUUUGUUAUGGGUGGAUUCAUUUGCAUCAUAUCGAUUGUGCGCCUAGUCAUCAUGCUGAACGCGUACAAGGUGCCCUCGCUGGACGAAACAUGGGUCUUUGUCGGUCCCUCAAAAUGGACGGCGGUGGAGACGAACAUCGGUAUUGUGUCUGCAUGUCUGCCCUCGCUUCGACCAGUCCUCACGUUCAUGAAGCAGAAGGUGUCCAGCACAAAAGGGUCCCGAGACGAGAGUCUGCAGGAGAGCUACAAGCGAUACGGGAGUCUGCAUUCGAGCGGGAAGCGAGGCAAGCGACUCGGGGAUGAGGACGAAACGGCCCUGACCCUAACAGCUAUCUCGGUGCGGACCACGCUGGACGUGGAGGCCUCGUAUCCUGCGGUGGCUCGGUAGGGCUUCAAAAAUGGCUGGAAAGGUGUGACUUAACGCUGUAUAUAUUUGUUCGAGGUAUGUAGACAUAAAAUAAUAGAGAAGUCCAG